AUGGAAGAUAAGAAAGAAUCCCUCCAAGCCAACGAUGGCUCUGCACAACAUCCAGAACAACACGAAUUCCAAGACCUCUCGCCCGGCGGGGAGAAAUUCAACGAUACUGCUCCUCUUCCCAUAGAUGAAGCAAUGAACACCCUCCUAAACCGAAAAUUCGACCGCCACAUCCUCCCCUGGUUAUUCGGCAUGUGGCUCCUCGCUUUCAUCGAUCGCGCGAAUAUCGGGAAUGCAAAGAUUGAUGGUUUGGUGGAAGAUCUCCGACUCGAUGGGAAUAAAUUUAAUAUCUCGUUGGCGAUUUUUUAUGUGCCGUAUAUUUGUGUGGAUGUGCCGAGUAAUUUGGUUUUGAAAUAUUUCAAGGCUGGACAGUAUUUACCUGCGCUUUUGGUUGGGUGGGGAUUGACGGCUACUUUCAUGGGGUUUGUGGGGAGUUUUGAGGGGUUGUUGGCUGCGAGAUUCUUCCUUGGAUUGUUUGAAGGUGGGUUAUUGGGUGGGAUGAUUCUAUAUCUAUCGAUGUUCUAUCCAAGACACGCUAUGCUUUGGCGCAUCGGCUUGUUCUACAGCGCCGCACCACUUUCCGGAGCCUUUGGUGGUCUUCUAGCAACCGGUCUCGCACGAAUCAAAACGGAGGGAUAUAAUGGAUGGCCCUUCAUCUUCUUCGUCGAGGGAGCAAUUACCGUAGUAUUCGGUCUGAUAGCAGUCUGCUUCCUCCCCAACACUCCCAGCGACAGCAAAUUCCUCUCGCCCGAACAACAAGAAGCCGCAAAUCAACGCAUGAAAUCCGACAGUCAAAGCUCCACUUCCAACGCCAAUGUGGAAAAGGAAAAGUUCGAUUGGCAUUGGGUCAAACUCGCCAUCUUCGACGUCAACACCAUUCUACUAUCCAUCAUCUUCUUCUUCAUCAUCACGCCAAUUUACAGCUUUAGUCUGUUCCUACCAACCAUCAAUUCCACUUUCGGCUACUCGAGAGUCGUUGCACAGCUUCUAACCGUCCCACCAAACAUCGCCGGAUUCUUAAGUGUCCUCCUCAUCUCCUGGCUAUCAGACCACUACAAACGCCGAGGAAUCUUCAUGCUAAUAGGCUGUUCUCUCACCCUAAUCGGCUACAUAAUGCUCAUCUCCACCCCUAGAAGUCUCGUCCAAUACGGCGGAACAUUCUUCGUCGCAGCAGGAAUAUUCCCCUGCAGCCCCCUAGUAAUGGGCUGGCUAUCCAACAAUCUCGCACCCCACUACGUUCGAGCCACAGGCACAGGUUUCCAAAUCAUGCUCGCGAAUUGCGCGGCUUUUAUUGCGACUUUUACUUACAUCCGUGAUGAUGCACCACGCUAUACAACAGGCCAUGCUAUAAAUCUCGGAACUGUAGUCGGCGCUAUUGUAACAGUUUGUAUUCUUCUCGUGUAUAAUACUGCUGAGAAUCGGAGACGGGAGACGGGGAAGAGGGAUUAUCGAUUACGGGAAGGUGAGAGUGAGGAUCGAUUGGGGAGUCGACAUCCGAAUUUCAGGUAUACUCUGUGA